AGAUCACUAAACGCCUACAACAGCUUCGGGCCAAGGGGUACAUAACCGUUGCAUUGUAUGACAGUCUUAGACCUUGUGGCACAAACGUUCCGAGACUUUACGGCUUACCAAAAGUCCAUAAGGCCGACAUCCCGCUUCGUCCUAUUCUGUCAAUGGUUAACUCUCCCUACCACGCAAUUGCCCAGUGGCUUGUAGGAAUUCUUGAGUCGGUGAGACAACAGCUUGUGACUUACAGCCUGCGCGACAGUUUUCAGUUUGUCGAGAGCAUCCAGGAGGCCAAAAGUAAUGAGAAAGGGAUGCUCUCCUUUGAUGUUGUCUCGCUUUUCACUAGCGUCCCGCUGAUCGAAACCAUUGAUUACAUUUGCGAGCAGAUAACGAAGUUGGAAAUUAAGAUUUGUAUACCUGUGCUUGAAGUGAAAAACUUAUUGCUGCGGUGCACAUGUAAUGUGCAAUUUCCAUUUAAUGGUAA